AGUACAUUUGAUUAAAAUUGAAUGAGAAUCGAAAUAUCCAGAUAAAAACAAUGGUGUUUUAACAAUUUCUUUCUUUUAUGAGUGGGGACGCUCAAGAGACUAUAAAAUGUGAGGUUGGGAGUAGGUUGAAGUGUAUAGCAGUUAGAAGGUGAAAGAAGGAUUUGUAGGAAAGAAAGCAAAGAAAAUGGCAAUAACUCUAAACAAUGGCUUCCAAAUGCCAGUGAUGGGGCUUGGAGUUUGGCGUAUGGAGAAGCACAAAAUCAAAGACCUCAUUCUUAAUGCCAUUCAACUUGGUUAUCGCCAUUUUGAUUGCGCCGCUGAUUAUAAGAGUGAGGCUGAAGUAGGGGACGCAUUAGCAGAAGCUUUAGAGAGUGGAGUUGUGAAGAGGGAAGAACUUUUCAUUACCUCAAAGCUAUGGAACUCAGACCAUGGACAUGUUGUUGAGGCUUGCAAGGACAGCCUAAAGAAGCUUCGACUACAAUAUUUGGAUCUUUAUUUGGUGCACUUCCCAAUUGCCAUAAAGCAUACAGGAGUUGGGAAUACUAGAAGUGAGAAGGAUGAGGAUGGAGUAUUGGACAUCGAUACAACGAUAUCUUUAGAAACCACUUGGCAUGCCAUGGAAGAUCUUGUUUCUGCUGAUUUAGUUCGCAGCAUCGGUAUCAGCAACUAUGACAUAUUUUUGACAAGAGAUUGUUUGGCAUAUUCAAAAGUGAAGCCUGCAGUGAACCAAAUAGAAACACAUCCAUACUUUCAAAGAGAAUCUCUUGUUAAAUUUUGUCAAAAGCAUGGGAUUUGCGUCACAGCUCAUACUCCUUUAGGUGGUGCUGCCGCAAAUACUCAACGUUUUGGUACACUUUCUUGUCUUGAAGAUCCUGUUGUUGAAGAACUCGCUGAGAAAUAUGGGAGGAGCCCUGCUCAAAUUGUGCUAAGGUGGGGAAUUCAAAGGAACAGUACGGUUAUACCAAAGACUUCAAAGUUGAAUAGAUUGGAAGAGAAUUUGCAAGUUUUUGAUUUUGAGCUUAAAGAGGAAGAUAUGGAUCUCAUCAAAAGCAUUGACAAGAAAUAUAGAACCAAUCUCACACCUGCAAGGUCUUGGGGCAUUGAUUUAUAUGCUUAACCGCCUUAUAUAAUAGUUCAUUAGUGUGUGUUUUGGAUCGUUUUCGAUAUAAAAUAUACUCUUCAUCGUAAAUUUAACUUAUGCUUAAUUAAAAUAAAAAUGUUUGUAUUUGAUUAUACUUUCUUAGUAGUGUUUUCAUAAACGAGCAA